UGCUUUACUGCGAGGAACGUGCACAUAUACGUUUUACUUUACGAAGACGAAGCUGCUUCAAAACACUGUUUAUGACAAAGAGCCAUUUGUUUUAGUCUCAUUCUGAUGUUAGGUCGUCGAUGCCUUCGAUGUGCUCUCUGACUGGAAUGUGAGAAAGUAUAGCACUGCGGCUAGACAGCGUCUGAGAAUCGGACAAAGAAUGACCCAAGUACAUCCUCACGAUUCGCACGCGGAAGAUCCAUCCAGGAUAAUAAAAUACAUCAUCUUCUUUGUCAAUGAUCUCUUCUGGUUCUUGAGCAUUCUUGUCCUUGGAAUUGGAAUUUUUGUGAUGGUGGAAAAGCGAGAAGUGUAUAGCAAGCUCACUGACUUGUAUUAUGACCCGGCCAUUCUAUUUGUGGUAUUCGGGGGUCUCAUGUUUAUUAUAACAUUUACUGGUUGCAUCGGCGCUCUGAGGGAAAAUACCUGCCUGCUGGCUUUUUACGCUGGGAUCAUUACGGUGCUGUUGAUCAUGGAGGUCGUCUGCGGAAUAGUCGGCUUCAUAAACAGCGAUAAGCUAGAGGAAAAAGUCGACGAGAAGCUUCAAAACGCCAUCCUGUUCUACCGAGAUCCGAACAAGCCCGAUCUUCAUUUCUUGAUUGACUCGGCGCAAACGGAACUGGGUUGUUGCGGCUCUCGGUCCUACACCGAUUGGCAGGCGAAUAUCUACUUCAACUGCACAGCUCCUUCUCUAUCAGCCUGUGGAGUUCCGUUUUCUUGUUGCAAGACAGAGGACCAGCAGACGAAUCGCCAGUGUGGGUACGGCGUAAACGAAUUGAGCCCGACCAAGCGCCAGGACUUGAUUCACAUGGAAGGGUGCCUGAACGUGUCAGUCAAGUGGUUUAAAGAUAACUUAGCCCUGAUCGGUGGGCUUUCCUUUGGUGUGGUAUCACUACAGCUAGUAACAGUGUGUCUUGCAGCCAUGUUUAGAAGACAAAUUCUUGAUGUGAAGCAGCAAGCACUCUCAGAAGUGUGGAAUACUAAUACGACUAUGGUAAUCGCUGAUGCUGUGUACAUAAUGCUAGUGUGUAUUGCCGGUUUUCACUGUCGACUGUCACACUAUCAUCAAAACCAUUUAACAAAUAAAGUCGAGAAUCAAACAGAAAAAAGGAGAUAAAUAUUCAAGCCGUCUCGCUCAGAGUCAGGUCUGUGCGAUGUUUCGUGCGGGAGAUAUUCGAAGAAACCUUUCACUCAAAUUUACAAGGCUUUGUGUAGGGACUCUAUGUUUGUGUCCCUCUGAUGGGCACAAAAUUAAUAUGGCGGCCGGAGGCCAACAAAAA